UCCAGCUAAUGGUCUCAGACUCAGAGUCAGCCGAUCGUCUUCCCAACCCCGUCUCUAUCGUCUCUCCAUUUGCAGAACUUCGAGAAACCGCCAUCGCAACAGAAACGGCCAAUCCAUACUCUCUUCGCCGCCGCUGCAGAGCCAAUUUCUGAUCGCCGUCUGUCUGAUAACCGCUCGCGGAUUUUCAGUAAUUGCGAACCAUGUCGUCUUCCGAUUCCAGCUCCUCCUCCGCGUCCGACGAUCCAAACCCUAAGCUUAAACCUCAGCCACUCGAGAGCCAAUUCCAAUCGUCGCUAACUCUCGAAGACUCGGAUGGUGUCGCGCGGACCGACGACGCAUCUGUGGCCGAGCAGCAGCAGGAGCAGCAAGAUGAGGGUUCGGGAAAUGGAUCGGUUGACGGCGUCGUUAAUGUCGAGGACAACGGUCAUCGCGACAGCAGCGAUCGAGAGGAGGGAAUAGGUUCUGGCGAGGCUCGCGAUGGGGAUGGUGGUAGCGGCGGCGGCGGCGGUGUUGUGUGGAGGAGGGCGAACUCGGAGGUGGAAUUGGAGGUGGAGGCGCCGGCUAGUCCGAGCAGCAGUGGGUAUGCUGGCGGGAGAGGUAGCAGCGGUGCAAGUAGCGCUUCGAGAGCUGACGACGCCAGCGAAGAAGACGAGAUAGAGGUAGUUGGGAACGAUGAUGGUGGCGCUGUUGGUGCUCCGGACUCGCAAGCGGAAUGGACUCCUGGGAAACGGCAUGUUGAUGAGGAUGAUGCUUCUAUUUCGUGGAGAAAGAGGAAGAAACACUUCUUUAUAUUGAGUAAUUCUGGAAAACCCAUAUAUUCAAGAUAUGGGGAUGAGCACAAGCUGGCAGGAUUCUCUGCAACUCUGCAAGCCAUCAUAUCUUUUGUAGAGAAUGGGGGAGAUCGAGUCAAGUAUGUUAAGGCAGGCAUGCACCAGGUGGUUUUUCUUGUAAAAGGACCGAUCUACCUUGUAUGCAUCAGCUGUACAGAAGAACCGUUCGAGUCUCUGGUUGCACAACUGGAGCUUGUAUAUGGUCAGAUGAUUCUCAUUUUAACCAAAUCGUUAAAUAGAUGUUUCGAGAAAAACCCGAAGUUUGACAUGACACCCUUGCUUGGAGGAACAGAUGUUGUCUUCUCAGCCCUAAUCCACUCAUUUAGUUGGAAUCCAGCUGCAUUUCUUCAUGCAUACGCUUGUCUUCCUCUUCCUUAUGCAACAAGACAAGCCGCUGGUGCUAUAUUGCAAGAUGUUGCUGAUUCUGGUGUCCUCUUUGCGUUAUUAAUGUGUAAACAUAGAGUUAUCAGUCUUGUUGGCGCCCAGAAAGCUUCUCUUCAUCCCGAUGACAUGCUGCUACUUGGAAAUUUUAUAAUGUCGUCUGAGUCCUUUAGGACUUCUGAAUCUUUCUCACCAAUUUGCUUACCAAGAUACAAUCCUAUGGCAUUUUUGCAUGCUUAUGUCCAUUAUUUUGAUGCUGACACGUACCUGAUAUUGCUAACAACCCGUUCAGAUGCUUUCUACCAUCUUAAAGAUUGCAGGAUUCGUAUUGAAACGGUACUUCUGAAGUCAAAUGUACUUAGCGAAGUUCAGAGAUCCACACUAGAUGGUGGGAUGCGCGUUGAAGAUUUAUCUGUUGAUCUACAGCAGCAUACUGGAUCUACUUCUCGUGUUGAAGAUAAGCCACACACUGAGACUCCUGAAAGAAUCAGGGAAUCAUCACUUGUUGGCCUUGGUGGUCCUGCUGGACUUUGGCAUUUCUUAUAUCGCAGUGUGUAUCUUGAUCAGUAUGUGUCAUCUGAGUUCUCCUCACCAAUUAAUACCCACCGGCAGCAGAAAAGAUUGUACAGAGCUUACCAGAAGCUAUAUGUUUCAAUGCAUAGCAAAGGAAUCGGACCACACAAAACUCAGUUCAGAAGAGAUGAGAACUAUGUUUUGCUCUGUUGGGUCACCCCUGAUUUUGAACUAUACGCGGCCUUCGAUCCACUUGCAGACAAGGCGCUGGCUAUAAAGACGUGCAACAAGGUGUGCCAAUGGGUGAAAGAUGUUGAGAAUGAGAUCUUUCUACUGGGAGCAAGCCCCUUCUCCUGGCAAAGGGGAAGAAAUGUACAAGAACCAGCUUCAGGAGCUGGCGCAGCGGAGCUGCUUCAACCUCCCUUCCUAUACUUGCAUUAGGGAAGGUCCCGACCACGCGCCGCGCUUCAAGGCCACCGUCAACUUCAACGGCGAGAUCUUCGAGAGCCCCUCUUACUGCUCCACCCUCCGCCAGGCCGAGCACUCCGCCGCCGAGGUCGCGCUCGGAUCCCUCUCCCACCGCGGGCCUUCUCACUCCCUCGCCGCCCGCAUUCUGGAUGAAACGGGGGUGUACAAGAAUCUCUUGCAGGAGAUCGCUCAGAGAGUCAGUGCUCCAUUGCCACAGUACACAACAUAUAGGUCCGGUCUUGGUCACCAACCUGUUUUUACGGGGAUAGUAGAAUUGGCUGGAAUUAGUUUCACAGGAGAUCCAGCCAAGAACAAAAAACAAGCCGAGAAAAAUGCUGCAAUGGCAGCUUGGUCAUCCCUUAAACAAUUGGCUAAGGAAGAGUCCAGUUCAGCAUCUGAACCAGAGGGCAGCGAUGAGCUGGAGCAGAUAACGAUAGCACGUGCCUUGCAGAACUACCGUAUGAAGGAAAUGAUGACAAUAGCAAACAAUUCCUCUUCUAAAGUCCCAAUUCCAUUUCAAAAGAAGUUUGCACCUCAAAGCCCAAGGCCGACCAGUCCUCAACCUGCUCCCGCAACAACAUCGAGAAUCCUACCCCUCAUUUAUCCCAAGACAAGUAGGAAUAGAUCUAUGAUGGUACCCACAUCAAAUGAGAGACAUUCUCAGCACUGUAGAUCCACUUCAACAACGACAAGUGACAGAUUUGCCCCUCCUAGACCCACCUCAACAAAUGAUAGUCGUCUACUAGGGCUCAGACAGCCACCAAAUGUCCUGGAUCUUUGGGGUCAUCAGAAGCUCCAUGCAGCAGCAGCAGCAGCAACAGGAGCCAACAGACCGUAUAUCCCUAUGCAGCAGCCAUAUGCUGUUCAACCGGUGACCAUAAGACAUGCAGUACCAUGUUAUGCUGCUCCUCCCCCACGUCACCAGCAGCCUUCAAUGGUUCCCACUCAUCAGGCGGUUCAUGCACCACCCAUGGGAAGGAACGUCAUCCCUGUAACCAUAAGGCAGGCCGUGCCGGUGUUUGCUGCUGCUCCUUCCCCUGUAGCAGUUAAGAAAGAACUCACUCCGAGUGUGCCGGUUGAGCCUAAAGCAGUUCCGGUUGAAUCCAAGAAAGAUUGUUCUGAAGAAGUUAAGAAAGAGUCUUGUGUCGAAGUCAAGAAAGAGGAGGAUAAGGUUCCCCCUACUGCUGUCAUCCCAGCCCCUCCUAGCACAGUAGCUGAUAGUAUGAAAGAAACAGAGAAGAAGACUGCAGGAAGCAAUGCUGAAGUCACGGAAGAGUCAAGGACAGGUCAAAGCUUGGAUGGACUGAAGAAUCUUAGUAUUUGGUAG